CCCUCCAGUCGGGAACACCCUGGCUGUGGAUCUGUGCCUUCAGACGGUGCUGAGGCGCACCGACACCUUCACGCGCGGUCCCUGAUCCCCGGACUGAGUCCCCAGCCUGUCGGGCUCCGCUGCCGGCUCCUCACGGCUGUCCGCAGCCUCCAGGUUUCCUGUCGUCUCCACUCUUCAGCUUUCCCAAGAAACAGAAGAUCAGAGGAGGAAAACAGGACAGAAGUUCAGACUAUGCCAGCACCAAAAGAACAACAACCCACACAUUAGCAGAAUAUUACAGGAGCACUUUGCAGCAUAAUGUAGUUCUUUCUGACUUCGUCCUUGCACCAUCUUUGCUUAGCUAAAGUAAUUGGCUGAGUAUAGACGGAGAGACCAAUGGAGCAGGUUGGAGAGGAUCUGAACCUCUCCUUUCUGCUGGAACAUGAGAGGGACAUAAUCCUGAAGGUGCUGCAGAAAGACGAGAAAUUGAGGAAACGAGAGGAGAAGAGGAUAAGGAGGCUGAAAAAUGAGCUGCUGGAGAUCAAACGAAAAGGUUCCCACCGGCCCCAGGAGGUGGGAGAGCGACAGUGCGCUCGCUGCCUGAAGAACUUGGGCCUGAUCUUCGACCGUGGAGAUCUCUGUAAGGAGUGUCAGCUGCGCAUCUGCAACGACUGCCGCGUUACACCUCCUAACACGCGCCAGUGGAGGUGUAAUGUUUGUGCCAAGAUCUCGGAGCUGAAGGUGGUAACAGGAGAGUGGUUCCUGGAGGAGCGGUCCAAGCGCUUUGAGCAGGGAGUGCCGAGCAGUGACGUGGUCAAAAAGACGAUCCUCAGCAGUCCGAUCACCACAGACAAAAAGUCCACAGACAACCUGUCAGCCCCUUCUGAGUCAGAGAAAUCCGACACGCCGAGAUCCAGCAGAAGCGCAAUACUCAAUGUUAGGAGGAAAGGAAGGAUGAAGAUAGAUAAAAAGGACAGCCGACUAACCUUGAAGCCAGAGAGUGGAGUCAGCAACGGAGUGAAAUCUGUUUCGGAUGGAGAUGCUCAAAGCGUCCGAAGUGUUCGCUCUGCCCCGAGUCCGCGUUCUAACAGGGGCGGUACGGUGGCAUUGGAGUCCUCUGGGAUGCCAACUGUCCCCAACAAUCUGCGUUCCCAAACUCUGGACAGAUCCUCCACUCCCAGCGACCACCGGAGGGUCAGGCCCGAUGGAGCAGAGAGCGUUUCCAGUUUACACUCCAGCGACAUUGCGUCCGAGAAAAAAGCUGAUAGCCAUCACAGGACGAAUUCAGGCACGCCGACCAUUUCUGUGUCCAGGGCUUCGGGUUCAUCAGAUCACAGUCGCUCAGAGAUGGACUUGUCAGCUCCUGGUUCUGAACCCAGCGACGACACCCUCAGUCUCAGAAGCCGCUCGGUCCCCGGGCUCAAUGACACAGAGUUUUCUGAUGAGGAUGCGGAGGAAGACAUCGAUGCCCUGAUGUCGGCCCACAGCAAGACUGUCAGCCGGCGCCUCAGCAACGCAGUGUCAACGACUUCCACUCCCGUCUCAGAGAGAAGGUGGGGGUACCUCAAUGUCCCUGACUCGGAUGCUGAGACUAGUAGUAUAAACAGCAUGAUGAGCAUGUACAGUGAGACCGGUGACUAUGGCAACGCCAGGGUGAGCGGCGAGAUCCUGCUCCACAUCAGCUACAGCUACAAAACCGGUGCUCUCAAUGUCCUGGUGAAAGAGUGUCACAACCUGGCCACGGGAGAUGAGAGAAGGCAACGCACAGACGCCUAUGUGAAGACCUACCUGCUGCCAGACACAUCACGACAAAGCAAGAGGAAGACGAGCAUCAAGGCCAACACCAUUAACCCUGUUUUCAAUGAAAAUCUGAGGUAUGUGAUCAGCCAUUCGCAGCUGGAGACACGAACCCUGCAGGUCUCCGUGUGGCACCACGACCGGUUUGGACACAACAGUUUCCUGGGCGAGGUGGAGCUGACCUUUGACUCCUGGGAGCUCGAUUCACAAAUAGAGGAGUGGUACGCUCUGCAGCCCAAGGUGGAGAGCAGCAUAGACUCCAUGAUGCAGUAUAAAGGAGAACUUACUGUCGUGUUGAAGUACAUACCCGAAGAAAAGAACCUCAUGGUGCCCGUGGAUCAAGUACAAGUGAAGAAAAGCUUCCUGAAAGGCAAGAAGACGAGCAGCUUCACUCUGCCUAAAGGGGGCAUGGUUGAGCUGCUUAUCAAAGGAGCGAAAAAUCUAACUGCUGUCAAGCCUGGAGGCACUUCCGAUCCUUUUGUGAAAGGAUACCUCCUCCCAGACAGCAACAAGUCAACCAAGCACAAGACAGCGGUGGAACGCCGCACCGUGAACCCACAAUGGAACCACACCUUCACCUACUGCGGCCUGCAGCCUGGAGACCUCAACAACGUCUGUCUGGAGCUCACAGUUUGGGACAAAGAAGCUCUGUCCAGCAAUGUCUUCCUGGGAGGAGUCAGGCUUGGAGCGGGCACAGGUAAAAGCUACGGCAAUGAGGUAGACUGGAUGGACUCAUAUGGGGAGGAACAGCGACUGUGGCAACGCAUGAUUGAAAACCCAGAAGUCCCUCAGGAGUGCACUCUGAUGCUGCGAUCCAGCAUGCGCAAGUGCAACACAUGAGCAAGAGACAGAAAGGUUAAGAGAGAAUGAGGGAGAGGAAAAAGAGAAGGAGAGAGCUGGAGAAGAGGGACGGUGAAGACAAACAAAACAGUUUAGCCUCCAAGACUCAAAUGUUCAGAAAGGAACACAGACCGUCCCUCUUCUUUCGCCCUGCGGUGUCCUGUUCAGAUCCCUCCUCUUGUCCAGAACCGCCAUUCUACAUGCCUUACACACUCAUCUACAUGUGCCCCUCUGCCCUCCAAAGCAUCUAGUCUUGACCAAGCACUGCUGUCUGCUGCUCUAUGUGAAGAACAUGUGUUGUAUGUAACUUAUCAAUCUUAUUGAAUAAGCACACAGUGUGACUUUUGAUAUGUCCAUCCUCGUCUCUGUGAUCCAAGUACCGGAGUCAUAUCUGCAUGUAGUUAAAGCUGAUGGAGACCACUAGUAAGACAUUAGACAAGGCAGUGAUCAAUAGUGUAGACUUAACACAUUCCCCUUAUGAGCAACCAAGCUGCAUCCUGGUCUUAAGCACAUGAUGACGCUGAGGUUCAUCCUCUUAGAAACUGUCGUGUACAGAGGUGGAAAGUGACAAGUUCUUGUACUGCUGUCUUACUCAAGUAGUGCUCUGACUUGGCUUUAUUAUGAAGAAUGAGUGAAUGAUGAUCAGUUGUGAUGGAAACUACUGUAGUAAAAUUACAGGAGUAGCACUUUUGAAGACUUCUCAGGUAGAUACGAACUGUAUGGUCGAUAUGGAAGGAUUAUCCCAUUUUAUUGUCGAUCACCAGUCAUUUCCAGAGCUCUCCAAAGCUGUGACCAUCUUCUAUUUAUAUGCUUUCAUUUAAAUCUACUGUAAAGAAUACUGUUAUUCUUUCUUGUCACAAAUUUCUGAAGGCAACUAAAUCCUACAAGGGGUGAGAGUUCUGAUUUUAGAGUAAAAUCUAGAUGUAGCUGGUAUCGCUGAUAAAGCAAAAUGUAAAACAGCAGAAAUGAACAAAUCUUUGCAGUUGAGAAGCUGGAAAGACCAGAUGUUGAGAAUCUUUAGUCUUUAGUGCUGGCAGCUUCACGGCUGGCUGUGUCUGAAAUUUGGUCAGUCCAACACAUUGGUCCAGACUAAAAUAUCUCUGUGACUGUCUGAUGUGUUGUCAUGAUGUAUUGGACAGACAUUGGUCCUCUGAGGAUGAAUCUGACUUUUGGGAUCCCCUAACAACUUUGGCCCAGUGGUGGGCCUCUGUGCCUUCUAGUGUGCUACAGAGACAGUGAUGCUGUCAAAUGAUGAGAUUGAUUUCUUUUGUUUUUGAAUCUAAAUGUGAAUUCAUAUAAAUAAAAAAUGUGUGCAUUAUUCCACUGACCACUUAUGUUUCACUUCAUCAGGUAGAGACAAAACUACAGUAUAGCAAGCCAACAUUAUGACAACAUCAGAGGCAAAGAACAAACUGAAAGCAUCUUUGAAUGCUACUCUGUCAGACUUUCCCAGUCCACCAAAACGUCUUUGUGUGCAUUUUUUGCAUGCUGACGUUAGCAGUUAGAGGUAAAGCUCUGAUGUACAGCCCCACAAAGCUGCUAGCAUGGCUGUGCACUCUUGUGUUGCUUGAUACACAACAACCAUUUAAUUGAAAAGGAAAGUGUUGACUGACCAACUGAUUGAUUUUCAGCAUUUCAAAAAAGCACAAGUUCUUGAAAAAUGUGAAACGAAAGUACAUGUAGUUAGUUACUUUCCACCUCUGGUUGUUAGAAAAAAAAAAACAAAACAAAAAAAAACUCGACA